UCAUCUCUGACAUCAUCAAUCGAUCACCUAAUCACCGAUUAAUCGUCUCUGCUCGUCGGCUGCAGAUCCUGCGACUCUCUGACCGGUGCACCCAUGCUGCUGAUUGGCUGUGUGCUGCUGGCUGUGUGCUCGGCGGCGCCCCCUGCACACAUUAACCGCCUGGCGCUGUUCCCAGACAAGAGCGCCUGGUGUGAGGCCAAGAACAUCACACAGAUCGUGGGGCACACGGGGUGCGUGGCACAGUCCAUCCAAAACAGAGCAUGUCUGGGACAGUGUUUCAGUUACAGCGUACCCAACACCUUUCCCCAGUCCACCGAGUCCUUGGUACACUGUGACUCCUGCAUGCCGGCGCAGACUCAGUGGGAGGUGGUGACCCUGGAGUGCCCGGGUAACGAGGACGCCCCUCGUGUGGAUAAGCUGGUGGAGAGAAUCCUGCACUGCAGCUGUCAGUCCUGCACUAAAGAGCUGGGACAGGAGGGGGCGCUACUGCAGCUCUACAGCACCGACAACACACACCAACCUGAUACACACAACACACUCGCCUCACAGACACACACAGACACACACUCACGCAUCGAUACACACACACACCCCGACACACACUCAAACAGCAACACACACUCACGCACCGACACACACGCUCAGGAGUCCAACACGCCUAUACACAUAACAGAGGGAGGAUAAACACACACUCACACACUCACACACACUCACACACUCACACACUCACCCACACUCACUCACUCACAUACACACACACACUCACACACACACACACACACUCACACACACACAUACUCACUCAGACACCCACACACACACACACACACACACACACACACACAUACACACACACACUCACUCACUCACUCACACACCCACACUCACUCACUCACAUACACACACACACUCACACACACACACACUCACACACACACACACUCACUCAGACACCCACACACACACACACACACACACACUCACUCACUCACACACACACACCCACAUUCACUCACUCACACACACACACACACACUCACUCACACACUCACUCACACACACACCCACUCACACACCCACACACUCACACACACACACACACACUCACUCACACACCCACACACACACUCACUCACUCACACACCCACACACACACACACACACACACACCCACUCACACACACCCACUCACACACACUCACACACCCACACACUCACACACACUCACUCACACACCCACACACACACACACACUCACUCACACACCCAAACACACACACACACACACCCACUCACACACACACCCACUCACACACACACACACACACACACCCACUCACACACACACCCACUCACACACACACUCACUCACACACACACCCACUCACACACACACACACACCCACACACUCACACACUCACUCACUCUUCCACUCACACACUCACUUAUUCACACACACCCACUCAUUUCUUUGUUAUUCUUGCUUGGUGAGUCUUUAGCACUUUUUUAAACCACCCUUGGGACCCACCAGAAUCUUCCUGCACACACACACACACACACACACACACACACAUGUAAACACACACACACUUACUUUAUUGAAGCUGUAUGUUAGCAGUGUGCACUUCUGUAAACAUAAUAAACAUGUUAAACUGC